CCAGAAAUGACCGGCAAAAGUCAAGAAGCUCUCUGAGGUCUCUACUCACACCACUUUCUCUCUCUACUCUCUCUCUGCGUGUAGUAGGAUGCUAGACAAUUGACAACCAAAGACUAAAGCUGUGUUGUUGGUUCACUUCUGUUCUCUUUUCCAAUGUUGUCAUCAGCAAAGCAUCAGAGAAACCAUAGAGUCUCUGCUCAGACUCUCAACAAAGUUUCUUCCAUUUCAUCCUCAUCGCCAUCGUCUUCAUCAUCAUCAUCAUCAUCAACCUCAUCAUCAUCUCCUUUACCUUCACAAGACUCUCAAGCCCAGAAGAGAUCUCUAAUCACCAUGGAAGAGGUUUGGAAAGACAUCAACCUUGCUUCCAUCCACCACCUAAACCGACACAGCCCACAUCCACAACAAAACCAUGAGCCAAGGUUCAGGAGCCACAACCACAACCCUAACUCAAUCUUCCAAGAUUUUCUCAACGGAUCUUCGAACCAGGAACCACCACCCACAAGCUUGACCGCGGGUUCUGCGCCUAAUGGUGAUUCCACAACUGUCACUGCUCUCUGCAGCUCUCCUUUUCCACCUCCUGCAACUGUUCUGAGCUUGAAUUCCGGCGCUGGCUUCGAGUUUCUCGAUAACCAAGAUCCUCUUGUUACCUCAAACUCUAAUCUUCAUAACCACAAUCACCUCUCAAACGUUCAUUCCUUCAACACCCCUUUCGAGGCUCUGGUUCCAUCCACUUGUUUUGGUAAAAAAAGAGGCCAAGAGUCCAAUGAAGGUUCAGGGAAUAGAAGACAUAAGCGUAUGAUCAAGAACAGAGAAUCUGCAGCUCGUUCCCGAGCUAGGAAACAGGAAUGUGCCUCUCUUCUUGUCUCCUAGUCUUCUUAUCAUGUGUAUCAAAAGGGAAGAAAAAAAUGUGGUUUUGCCAUCAAAAGGCUUUUGAUCUAAAAAAUUCGGUAUCUUGGUUUUGAUUCUCACUUGCAGGCUUAUACAAACGAGUUAGAACUUGAAGUUGCUCACCUGCAGGCAGAAAAUGCAAGACUCAAAAGACAACAAGAUCAGUUGAGAAUGGCUGCAGCAAUUCAGC